GAAUUGGGCUCCUGAAGCGCAGCUGUGCUAAUGGCACAUUUACAAACGCCUUUCCCGGCCGCCCGGCCCCACGGGAGCCCCAGCGCCGGAGCCCGGAGCCGCACCCCGCUCGGCACUGGCCGGCGUCACCCCGCCCGCUGUGACGCCCCCGUCCCUCCCGCUGUGACGCCACGAGCUGCCGCUGUUAAGCCGCCCCCUGCAGGCGCCGGCGCUCAGUGCUGUCGCCGCCGCAGCGGGACCGGCAGCGCUUGUGUGGCUCGGAGCGUCGGGAGCUGCGACCCGCUUGGGACUCGCCUCUUCUCGACUCUUCUCGCCUUCUCAACGCCCUCUACCCUUGUCCGCCCGAGGCUCGGUUCUGGGCUCCUCUUGCCCUCUCCGUGACCUCUACCCUUGUCCUCCCGAGGCUCGGUUCUGGGCUCCUCUUGCCCUCUCCGUGACCUGUACCGUUGUCUGCCCGGGGCUCGGUUCUGGGCUCCUCUUGCCCUCUCCGCGCCCUCUGCCCUUGCUCUUCGGGACGGGCAGAGUCCGCUGGGCACCUCCUGCAGCUACUCACCCCGGAGCGGGCUGUGCCCUCGUUGCCGCGAAGCAUGCAGAGAUUCAUGGCGCUGCUGAGGAGGGUGCGGGAGCGCCUGGCGUCCGACAGCGCUUCCGCACCCAGCACCGCCGGGGCCUCAGAGAUCCGGAAGAAGGGCCGGGGCGGGCUGCACAGCGCGGCCGCCAGUGGCGACCUGGCCCGGCUGCAAGGAAUCUGGUGGCGGAAGAGAUUCCUCAUCAACUUGCGGGAUGCCAAGAAGCAGUAAGGAGUGGGCAGUGCCCGUAGUGAAGAUCCACAUGCCCUGGCGGGAAGAGCCAGCGAAGCCCAGCACGAGCGCAAUCACCCUAGUGACAGGGCCGGCUCCACAGCGCUGCCCUUAUCAGAGGCCUGCCCGAGCUAGGACGGGAGCCAGCGGAUGUGCCACUCUGCCCUGCUCUGCCAGCCUGCUUCCUGUAGUGACCCUUCUGUGGAGCUCCGCAGGCCUUUGUGCAAGCAGAGACGGCUCCUUUCCUCUUGCCUGACUGUUGCCGGGCUCGCUUGAGCAGUACAUGGAGUCGCAGAACCACAGGGCACAGCUUCCCGUUGCUGCUAGAAAGCCCAUCUCCCCUGUCUCUGGGACACAUCUGGCGCAGGACUUGCUGGGGUCAAAGCCAGGGGCUUACGCAGACUCCACAGCCUCCGUAGAGUUACGUGGCCUCCAGAAGCUCCAGGCUGCCAAGAUGUACCCUUUGCUGUGCUGGGUGGCCGGGCAGGCCUGGCCAGAGACAGGGACCAGUGCCUGGGCACAGGAGUCUGUUUGUGCAGCUUCAUUGACACAGCUGAGGAGAUGCCUCCUGGCUCAAGAGAUGUGCUGAGGACUGUGCCUAGCCCUCCCCAGGCUUUGGGUGUGCAACAAGAAAGCUUGCAUUUGGCUUAAUUUUGGCAGUUGAUCCUUGUGGUUGAUCUUAGGUGCUGGGCACUGCAGCCUGAAACGAUGUCUUCAGCUAUCUUGUCUGUGUUAACUGAAUGCAUUUAAUUUCUAGGACGCCUCUCCAUCUUGCUUGUGCGAACGGCCAUGCAGAUGUUGUUCGCUUUCUGGCAGGAAAGAAGUGCAAGCUAAACCCUCGUGGCAUGUUUAAGAAAACACCGCUGAUGCUGGUACGUGGAAUAAAACAGGCAUGUUGCAGUCGGUGGGGAAGGGGCACAUGUUGCCUAAUCUUUGAAGACGCUCGUACCUUCCCGUGUUGCAAAGAUGCAGGAGUUCUGACAGAGAGAAAUGUACCUGUUGGAAGUUACUCCUUCCCUGUGGCUUGUUUCCAGGCAGUACAGCACCAGCACAAGGACUGCGCGUUGGCUCUGCUGGAGCACGGUGCCAACCCCGAUCACAAAGGUGCCGGCGGCAACACUGCCCUUCACCUGGCUGCCAUCAUGCCCAGCAAAUCGAUGGUGGAGCUGUUACUCGAGCACAAUGCCCAUAUUGAUGCUCAGAAUGACUUGGGAUACACUCCGCUUACCGUUGCGGUCAUCAAGCACCGUGAAGAGAUGGUUGAGUUCCUCCUUCAAAAGGGAGCUGAUGCGAAUGCUCGCGAUAAGCGUCAAAGGACCAUUCUUAAGAUUGCUGUUUAUGCUGGGAAUGCGAAUGCAGCACGGCUUCUUCUUCAGCAUGGCGCUAUUCUUUCUCAUCGCAAGGAUGACUUCACGUAUAUUGGUCAUCUCGGUCACUCUACUUCAGAGUAAGUGUUUUACGUCCCUGUUAGAGCAGCUGCAUUGUCAGCAUGUCCGUGCUGAUGUACAGCCCUUUUUGCUGGAAUGGGUUGUUGAGGCCUUUUUUGAAGCUGGGCUCCGUGACAUCUUCCGAUGCAUCUCUUUCCAUGUCAAGAGCGGAUUUGAAAGCUGGGCAAAACUUCCCUCCACAGCUCUCUCUGAGAAUUCACCUGUGUGCUGCCAAGCUCCACUCAAAUUGACUGACUAGCAACUACCUGCCUUUUGUUUCAGAGGGGACCGAACCGGUAUCCCCUGAGGAGUUAAAAUCUUCAGCAGUUUUCCUCCUCUUGGGUGUAGCUUUGCUCCCCUGACUGUUCCUUCCCUAGGGUGGCUCCGUGUCCUUAACAGCUAGGCUGAAGGCAAUAGCCCUCUCUCCUAGUGGUGGUAAACUGUGGAGUAAAAACCCCUACCUGUGCAAUGUAGUUAACCCCUGCAGUGCUUGGAAUGCAACCGCAAUCUUUGUUGGCCUCUUGACAUCCCACUUAGGAGCUCUCUACACUCUUGGGGCCUCAGAAUAAGGAUGGGAAUUUCUGAAAACCUUUAAAGUCCAGAAAUGGUUUCAGGAGAUGCUAUCCCAGCUUGACGUGAAGAGUGGCUGCAACAUUAGUAUUACAUCCCACUGAGGCAGAAGCCUUAUAGUUAGAUGUCAGUCUUACUGGUC